UGAAAAUAUGAAUUGUUAUGAGCUGCCUCAGUAAUAUCAGGCGAGGUGAUUGUAGUGCCUGUAGACUUCAGCGCGAUGGCCAGUGUUAUAACGUUACAAACACAAAUCGCCUCAGUCAUGGAAGUGCUCGCAAACGCCGCUGUAUCAGAAAUCUGCAGACUUGUCGAGGGCAGCUUUGCCGAAUUACAGCUCGAAAUAUCCCAAAGGCAAAAGGAGAAUAGCUUCCUCAAAAAUAAAUUGAAAAUGAUAGAAAUCCGGGAAUCGUUUUUUCGAAGAGCGCAUAAACUGAAGUGCGCGUCGACUGACGUGAGGACAACUAGCGUUCACGACAAAUUACCAGAGCGAAUCGUGAGAGUGAAAGUGGUUUCACUGUAUAAUGAGCGGAGUGAUGGCUACGGAUCGGGAGAGGGCUCACUUCAACCUGCAACACUUGACGGGUCUGUAGGGGAUGAAGAGCCAGAUGUUCCCAUCAUUAAAGAGAAGAGAACUGACAACAUACGGAGUAAACAGUCUGACAGAGAAGCAAGGAUUACUAAAAAUUAUAAAGAGGACACUCAGUACAGAAAUGCAGGGUUUUUUGGAACGGUCAACAGGGAUAACUUCACUGACCAUAAUACAGACCAGCACUACCAUAAAGAGUCCAAUGACAUGAAACCUGAUCUCCUUAAGGAUGAAAACCCAGAGAUGAAUGUUACAGAUGAAGACACACAUAUACUUAAUGAUGAAUCAAGAAUGGAAAGACAGUCUGAUGGAGAGGCACAGACUAACCUGCAGUCUGUCACCUAUGCCUCAUUGGAUUCCAGGAGAUUUGAAGCGACCACAAAUAAUCCCUCAUACACUGAAGCUGAAUGCCAUACCGAGCCGUCUGUAAAUCAAUACUUCAUGUACAGAGGGAGUGCCGAUCCUAUGUGUUCCUAUGCAACCCAAAUAGACUCUAAUGGCUUGUCUGUGCCUGAUGUGGAUGGCCAUGUACUACAUCGUGAUGAUGCCGCUGGGCCUGAGAAAGCAGCAAUUUCUCAGUCUGAGUUAUCCCCAUAUACACCUUGCUAUUCUUUCAAACAAUCAGACACUCCUCAUAUGCACAGGAAAGACAAGUUUAUGUGCAAACAUUGCGGAAAAGCUUUCUCUCAACCUAACACUCUGCUCUUGCACCAGAAGCUUCAUGCCAGGGAGAGGCUUCACAGCUGCACACUCUGUGGUAAAAGAUUCAUUCACCCGUCUAGGCUCAAAAGACAUCAAAGCAUUCAUAUGGAAGAGAAACCCUUCAGAUGCCAGCAUUGUGGCAAGCAAUUUUCCGAUCCAAGUAACCUCAAGAAGCAUGUGAAUGUUCACACGGGUGAAAAACCUUACAGUUGUAGCCAGUGUGGAAAAAUGUUCAACCAGUCAUCUAACCUCAAAACGCAUAUGAAGAUCCACACACGUGAGAAGCCUUUUGGUUGUGAACUCUGUGGAAAGAUGUUUGCGUAUAAGUACAGCUUGGUGAAACACCAACAGAGAAACUGUAUGUCUCAGCUACAGUAAAUCUUUCUGGACAGAUGUAGGCUUUGUUCAACAGGUUGAAAAGUCUCACCAGGUCUAUUUAUCAGUAGACUUACAGUAUGUAUGCUGCAAAAGUAGAACAAUUUGUAUAGAUUGAAGAGAACAAUAAAAUUCCACAUUAAAACUC